AUGAAAAAGUUCAAUUUUUUAAAAUACUAGUUCAGCAAUAUAUUCUAGUAUUAAAAUCUAGGUGAAAGAAAUAAAUUAAAUGAAUACAAAUAAGGAUUUCUGAUAAGCAAAGAUUUCGAGUCUUACUAUAAUUAUAUGAAAGUAAGAAAAUGAAAAAUGAUUAAGAUUCUAAGUAGAUUAAAGAUGUAUGAUGAGAUAUUACAAGCAAAGAGGAGCGUGCCUUUAUUUAAGAGGAUAUCAUUUUAUAGAGAGCCAAAAAAUAAAAUAGUAAAAGAUUGGAUUAGAUAAGCAUAAGAUGAAUAUUAUCAUUAAAAUCCAUAAGAUUUGCCAUUACCUUGGUUUGUAAAAUACCCGAUAAUAUUUUUCAUAUCUUAUGAAGUAUUUUCUACCAUUUUUGAUGUGGAUAUAGAAAUAAGUUUGAACAUAAUUCCAGAAGAAAAAGAAGUAAAAAAGACAACAGGAUUUAAAGAUGUGAUAGGAAUAGAUGAUUAUAAAGAAGAAUUAUAAGAGGUGGUUGAUUUUUUAAGAAACCCUAGUAAAUAUCAUGAAUCAGGAGCAAAAUUGCCUAAAGGUAUAUUGCUGGUAGGUAGACCAGGAACAGGUAAAACUUUAUUAGCCAGAGCUUUGGCAGAAGAAGCAGGUUGUACAUUUUUGUACAAAUCAGGUGCAGAAUUUGAUGAAAUGUUUGUAGGAGUAGGUUCUUCUAGAGUUCGCUAAUUAUUUAUGGAAGCUAGAUAGAAAUAGCCAUGUAUUAUAUUUAUAGAUGAGAUUGAUUCAAUAGGUGGAUCAAGAGGUGGAGAUGAUCCUAAGAGAUAUGGGACAAUAAAUUAAAUACUUACAGAGAUGGAUGGAUUUAGAUAGAAUGAAGCAAUAAUAGUAAUAGGAGCAACAAAUAUGGAAUAAUCUUUAGAUGCAGCAUUAACAAGAGCAGGAAGAUUUGAUAAAACAAUUCAUAUAAUGUUACCAGAUAUAAAAGGGAGAAAAUAAUUAUUCGAAUAUUACUUAAAAUAAAUAAAACAUUCAGAUAUUGAUACUUAAUUAUUAGCUAGAUAAACAACUGGAUUAACAGGAGCAGAUAUUGAAAAUAUUGUAAAUAUAGCAAUAAUGAAUGCAGUGAAAGAGAAAAGAAUAAAAGCAUGUGGAAAUGAUUUUUAACAUGCGAUAGAUAGAACAAGAAUGGGUAUAAGAUAUAAGUUGACAGAUUAAGAUAAAAUAUUAACAGCAUAUCAUGAAAGUGGACAUGCUUUAAUAAAUUUAUUAACAGAACAUACUGUACCUUUAGAUAAAGUGACUAUAUUACCUAGAGGUAGUGCUUUAGGUUAUACAUCAAUGGUACCAAAAGAAGAUACAUUAUCAUAAACAAGAGGUAAUAUUUUAGCUGCAAUUGAUGUAUGUAUGGGUGGCAGAGCAGCAGAAGAUUUAAAAUUUGGUAAAGAUAAUAUAUCAUCUGGUUGUGGUUCAGAUUUAGCUAAUGCUACUGCUAUGGCAUAUGCAUAUGUUAAAGAUUUAGGGAUGGGAGAUACACUCAUAUCAGAUGCUUAAACUAGUAAAAAAUUUAGUUAUUUAAUUGAUAUGCAAGUUAAAUUAUUAUUAGAAGUAACAUUAACUAUUUAUUUAUAGGAAUCUUAUAAUAGAGUUAGAAAUAAAUUAGAACAAAAUCAAUUAAUACUACAAAGAUUUGCUGAAGAACUUCUUAAACAUGAAACUAUGACUGCUGAUCAAUUGAAAAAUUUAAUGUGAUGAAUUAUUUAUACCAUUUGAG